AUGGCUUCUCGUUUGUACACGGAUUGUUUCGUUAAAAUAUUUGAAUUUCUCCGGGGGGAUAGCACAUCACUACAUGCUGCAGCCUUGGUGAACAAGUCUUGGUGUCAACAUGCCGUUCCCAUCAUGUGGGAAAACACAUUGGACGAAAAAAUACUAAUGAGUAGAAAUGGAAAACAAAAAGGAUCUGGGAUCAUUGACACCUAUGUUUCAUGUCUCUCGCAAGAGUCACGAAAUGCGCUGAAGAUGGAGAAGGUCGUCUUACCAACAGUUACAAGACGCCCAACCUUCCCGUAUGCCUCCUAUUUACGAAGCUUGGAUUUGAAGUGCUUUUAUAUCGCUGUACAAUCUUGGAUUGAAAAUUGCAGCGUAUUAAGGAAAAGGGGGCUUUCCGGCGAUCAGAUUCGACUAAUUAUUCAAGAAUUAUUACAACAAAUUUUUACUCUCUCUCCACGAAUGCAUGCACUUAAGAUAAAUGUUGACAUCAUUGGAGCCAUUGUCGCUGAUAUACUUCAUCGUGUACCUAAGGCAAAUAAAUGUUUGGCUCAUCUAAAGGAGUUCAUGUACUUUGCCGAGCAUCCUACGAUGGAGAUGCUUUUUUCAAAAAUUGCGCAAUCCACUGGCCAAAUCGAACAACUAGACCUAUCCGUGUACGAUCGUACGGCUGAAUUGAUUAACAUGCUUAGGGCACAAAAAAAUUUAAAAGUUUUGAUCAUCACGAACAGAACUAAUUCCCCCUCGGGAUUCAAAUUUUGGGUCGACACGGAUGCCGGAACCGUAAUUUCGGAAAAAGCACGAACCGUUACAUAUCUAGAAAUUCAAAAAAUACACUUUCCUUUUUAUGAUCUUGGGAGAUUUGAGAAUCUCAUUAAUCUGAACUUAUUAUAUAGCGGGUCCUAUAGUUUCCAAGAUUGGGCGCCUUUAGCAGAUGUACAUCUGAGAAAUCUCGAAAAGAUCUCUUACCAAAAUCGGCAUUCAUUAUAUUUAGAUAUUUUCGGUAAAUUCGUGGAGAACUCUGGAAAGAACUUGACCCAUAUCACGAUCCGUUGCUGCACAAUAUGUGAUCCUGAUAAGUCACAUAUUCUCAUCACAUCAAUUGCGGAUUAUUGUCCAAAUCUUUUGCACUUUGGGGGGCCGAUCGGAGCGAAUAAUGCAUCUGAGCUUGGUCAACUACUUAAUGCAUGCUCGCAUAUUGAGUCUUUGGAGCUUCAUCCGUCAAUAGAUAACUGCAAAUCAGUAGCAUCACCGAUCGACUUCAACCCCAUAUUUCGAAAAAUUGCGCUUAAACAACCUUGGGAAUUGAGAGAGUUAUCGGUCAUUCAUGGUUGGAAGUUUUCUGCCGAGGUUCUUGAAAAUUUCAUAGAAAGUAGACAGAGAAUUUCAAAAAAGGUUAGCGUAUUUUGGAAUGAAUGCGAGAUCACGGGAAACCUCGACAAGAUUUGUCAAAAAUAUCAGAAAAAUGGAAUCUUGGACAAAUAUGGGAAGAUCAAAGCUAACAAGUACUGA